UCCGCGGAACCCGACGAGCCUCCAAGCCUUCGUCUGAAGUGUGUCCUCGCUCCGCCGUGCGUGCUCUCCCGGAGUCUCCAAGCCCACCUCCCGGGGAGAACCUUACGUCCAGUGGGCAAGAAGAUCUUAACCAGCCCUGUGGAGACACCUGAUUCUGAAAGAGAGGAAUUAGCAGUGAGGUUCAUUCAUGAGGAUUAAGUCUGAAGAAGAUUUUGCAGCAACUUACAUUGGUAAACAACUCUGAAUGUGUCUGAUGCAGGAAGAAGUGCCCAGACAAGAGGUUUUUUUGUCGCAUGACUUCACAAAAAAUAGUAUGAUGUCGGGUUCCUCACCAUUUAAGAUGCGACUAGUUCAUCUGGACCUGAAAGGAGCCCCACCGAGGGUCUGCUACCUCUCGGAGAUAUUCCCCCUGUUCCGUGCCCUGGGUGCAAACGGCCUCCUCAUCGAGUAUGAAGACAUGUUUCCCUACGAGGGCCACCUGAGGCUGCUGAGGGCCAAGCACGCAUACAGCCCCUCCGAAAUCAAAGAGAUCCUGCAUCUGGCCACACUGAAUGAGCUGGAGGUCAUUCCCUUGGUGCAGACAUUUGGGCACAUGGAGUUUGUGCUGAAGCACGAGGCUCUUGCUCACCUCCGGGAAGUGGCACUUUUCCCCAACACCCUGAAUCCCCACAAGGCGGAGUCCCUGGCACUGGUUGGAGCCAUGAUUGACCAGGUGAUGGCACUGCACCCGGGCGCCCGGUGGCUCCACAUCGGCUGUGACGAGGUCUACUACCUCGGAGAGGGUGAGGACUCAAGACAGUGGCUGCAGCAGGAGCCCAACACCAGAGCAGAGCUGUGUCUGUCCUACAUGGAGGCGGUGGCCAGCCACGUGCAGGCCCAGCACCCCACCACGACGCCCCUGGUGUGGGACGACAUGCUGCGGGACAUCCCCGAGGACCAGCUCUCAGCAUCGAGGGUGCCGCAGCUGGUGGAGCCUGUGCUCUGGGACUACGGGGCCGACCUGGACGUCCACAGCAAGGCGCUCCUCAUGGAGAAAUACCGGAAGAGCGGCUUCUCCUGGCUCUGGGCCGCCAGUGCCUUCAAGGGAGCCACGGGGGCAAGCCAGGCCCUGACCCCCAUCGAGCACCACCUCAGAAACCACGUGCAGUGGCUGCAGGUGGCGGGCAGCGUGCCAGCGGACACGCUGCAGGGCAUCGUCCUGACUGGCUGGCAGAGGUAUGACCACUUCUCUGUGCUGUGCGAGCUGCUGCCCGUGGGAAUCCCGUCCCUGGCUGUCUGUCUGCAGGUGCUUCUACAUGGAGGCUUUGCCGAAAACGUUAAAGCAAGAGUGGAGAACUUUCUUGGGACUUCGAGCUUGGAAGCAACGGAUUUCAGGAGUGAGAGGGCCGGCUCCUUCCCUGGCAGCGACAUCUUGAACCUCAUCACACAAGUCAGCCUCCAUCUGUGCAGCUCUGUGGAUGCGCUGCUGGAGAGGGACAGGUAUGUGACCGGCUGGUUCAGCCCCUACCAUCGCAGACGGAAGUUCAUCCACCCCGUCAUGAUCCAGCACAUCCAGCCCCAGGCACUCAGUCUCCUGGCCAGGUGGAGCGUUCUCGUGGGGGAGCUGGAGGCUGCCCUGCAGCGUGUCUUCUACCCAGACGCGGUGGAGGAGUGGCUGGAGGAGAACGUGCGCCCCAGCCUGCGGCGGCUGCAGGCUCUGCUGCAGGAUCUGGGUGAGGCAGCCGGCGCCAGGCCUGACUCAGGUCAGGACCCCUGAGGGGAGGGGGCCAAGCUCAGGCUGUCGGCCUCCCUGCACCCCCAUCCAGCUGCACCCAGCCCCACGUGCGCCUCCUGAGCCCUGGGCAGCCAUGCCAGCAGACAGCGCCCACAGAAACAAGAGUAAACAUGGAAGGAAAAGACACUCUGGGCCUAUGCAGUGAUCAGCAUUAGAACUUUAAUUCUUUCAAAAUAAAAAGGAGAGUGGAA